AAUUCGUAAGCUACUUGGCAAAGAUAAGGCGAGUGUCUGGACAUUGAAUAUUUUGAAAAGUAGUACAAUCCAUCAAUAUGUCAAGAAUUAUUUUUGAAGUAUUUGCUGUGGUGUGUCUUUUGAAGACAACUUUUGCAUGUAUGUGUAUGCCAGCACACUCACAAACGCAUCUAUGUGGGAAAAAUGUAUACGCUUCCUUGGUAAAGGUCCGAAGUAUGGAAUACGUAUAUUUGGCGGAAAAACCGAAGUACAAACUCACCGACACGAACGACGUAUCGAAAAACGACGACUUCAAAGAGAAAAGUGAAAUUUCCAGUGGGCUAAUGGGUAACGUAAAGAAAAGCUUAAAGAAACCCGAAAUGGAGCGCGUGGAAGUGGUCGUGAAAGAUUUGGACAAUUUGUCGGAUAAGCAUUUGGUUGCCAGCCACAUCCGUUAUAGAGUGAAAGUAUACGAGACAUACAAAGGUCUUAAACCGGAAGAAACUCAGGGCAAGAAAAUGUACAUUUACACAGCGCCCGAUGAAGGAAUGUGUGGAAUAAAAUUGAAUACAAAAGAGAUGUAUCUUCUAAUAGGUGACAUUGACGGGGACCGACUGAACAUUGGAUUGUGCGACCGCGUGAUCAGAUGGAAUAAUCUUGAUUCAAAGCAAAAACGUGUGAUACGUCGUAACAUGCGUAACGCUAAGCAGACGUGCGCAUCGUCGUGCGAAAUACAAACAUGUACCUGGUCAAUCUGUGGGAAGCCGGACAAAGACUCUUGUAUGUGGACUUCAGAAAUGGAGAUGACAAGUUUGAAACUCAAUAUCCACCCAGCAAAUUACGCUUGUACGCGAGAACCUGGUAAACAGGAUGCAAAAUGUACGUGGAACAACGCUCUCACCAACACAAAAAGACGUCGUAGACGUAGAAGGCAUCAUUCCACAUCAAGAGCUGAAUCUCAACUGAGAGAAAUCGUACAUCUUCUGCCAUAAUUUGAUGUUGUAAUGCGAUGGAAAAACUGAAACCUCCGGCUCUCGCGAUACAUUCCGAUAUAAUACUGUUACGAGUCACGACAUGAAUGAAUGAUUUCCAAUGGCGCGCGACUCAUUAGUGCCGCAAGUGUCUACGAACUCGUUUUGCACCUCGUCCCAAUGAGUAUUGCUUUACUGUGAGAUAAAACUACUGGAACAUUCCGGCCGUGUGUAUUGUCAAACUUUGCUUUAUGGCGUAUGAGGGCACUGUAUAGUGUAAAUAACUGCCAUUUUUAUUGUAAAUGCGUUCAAAUUUAUUAUUCUUUGUUCUUUCUUAUUUCCCCCUAUUUUUCAUCCUCACUAUUUUUUGUUUUCCACACACUUUAUAAAAUUAUGAAAAAUAAAAGGUGAAACGAUA